GAGGUCAAAUGUUAGUCAGGAACCGAUUGGACAUGUCAACAUGGUACACUAGACAGUGGUAACCGUAGUAAGCGGUAAAUUCAGGAUGGCGACGAAAGUUGCAAAUGGUGAUGUAAAAAAUGUGGACAUAAAAGCAGCCAGGGAUGGACAGAAAGAGGCUGUGACAAGCCUCACUGGAAUGUAUAUUCUGGUUGCAGCCUUGGUUGCUAUUGCAUGGGGGCUCGGCUGCUAUGGAUGUUCAUUCCUGUGGGUAUUCUUUCUAGUUUCUUGUUUAUUUGUGAUAUGGAGAGCUAAGAUCAGUCGGAUUAUCAAAAGACACUUGGAUUUUGAAGAGGCAACUUUACACAGAAAAAGAGCAUUGCGACAGAGCGAGACUGUGGAAUGGCUUAACUUUCUGCUGAAUAGAUGGUGGGUGUUUAGCUCCUCGACAAUAGAAGAUUUAGUCAAGAAGAGGUUGGAUGACCGACUGCUUGCUAUCAAACCUACAUUUUUAGAAAGCCUUGCCUUAACAACCUUUAACGUGGGCGAGCAGACACCGCACAUCCGCAAUGUCCGAGUGUUUGAGUUUUCGGAGGGAGUCCCUGGAGGGCACAAGCCUUGUACCUGGUUCAGCGUCAACCAACCACCCAAAGGACUGGACAAUAUGUCCACCUACCAGGUCGUGGUUGAGUCUGACGUGACGAUGCAGUGUGAGGACUUCAAGAUGAUCUUUCGUGGACGUGUAGGCAGCAAGAGGGUGAAUGUUGGCUUUGACAUGGUCAUACAGGAACUGGUUCUGUCUGGCACGGUGCAGGCCAUCAUCCAGUUCUCUAUGGACGUCCCCUUCCCUCACAUCGCCAAGGCAACCGUCUGCUUCACAGAAAAACCUGAUGUGACCUUCAACAUCAGCCUGCUGCGGGCAAUACAGAUGAUGGAGGUGCCGUUACUGAAGAGCUGGAUACACACCAACGUCAUGGAGAGCUUGACCAAAGCUCUGGUGGACCCUGCGUCAGUGGAUAUCCACUUUGCCAAGAUCGGACCAAUCCAGAUCAACCGUGGCAAGCCCAAGAAGAACGCAGCAGAGGGUGUACUUACAAUACAGUUGAAGGGGGUGCCUGUCAAGGGUGCUGCAUCCGAUGAGAUCCGAUACAGCGUACUUCGUGUAGGUGAAAACAAACGUGAGACAUUGGAGGUUCCAGCAUCAGAGGAGUGGGAGGACGUCUGCUCUUUCUUCAUAUACAGCCUUUCCAAUGAGAAGCUCCAGAUCAAGAACAAGUGUAAGCGUCUGCUGACUUCCACGGUUCUGGAGAAACAUGAAUGCUACCUGUCUUCAUUCCCCUUCAAAGUGCGAGAAUUUGCGGACAAGGAGAUCAAGAACAAGGACGGGUCCCUGCUGUCCAUGAAGAUGCAGUACACCGCCCUACCUGCCCUCAACCUGGAGACUCUCCUGGAAUCAAAGAGAGACAAAGUCACAGAAACUGCUGGGGUGAUGUACAUCUGUAUCCAUGGUGCUGUGAAUGUGUUGGUGGCAGACAAGAAUGGAGCAUCAGAUCCAUACUGUGUCCUCUUCUGUGACAGGCGCAGGGUGCUGACCACACCCUACAUACCACACACUCGGAACCCACGCUGGGAAUCUUCGGUGGAGUUUUUUGUGUCGGACUACACCAAGAGUUCUUUGUCAUUUUUUGUGUUUGACUGGGACGGAACAAACGUCAUUGAUGAUGAUUUCCUGGGUUCAACUCAUCUGCAGCUUUCCACGGAGGAAACAUGUAUUGUGAAGAAGACUCUGACACUGGGUUACAACAAACCGUCCGAGGGAUAUGUUGUUGACAAGUCCUGUGGAAUGAUCACUGUCUCAGUGGUCUUCCGACCUGUCUCAUCAGUGGCAAAGUCAGAGAAGUUUCGGCAGCUGACUGAGAGCAUCAACAAUACAGACUUCCUGUACAAUGAAGACAUGGUGUCCCCUGCAUCUGUGCUACAGAACAUGGCAUAUCUCCGCCUACCUAAACGAGAAGAUGACCAGGCUGCCAGAGCUUCAACAAGUGCAUCGGCUUACAUUGAGGAAUACCUGGAAGGGAAGACAAUUGUAGAGCUGACGCUCCUACAGGCCAAGGAUCUGGUUGCUAUGGACAGAAAUGGUUACAGUGACCCAUUCUGUGUUGUUCUGAAGAACGGGAAGAAAGUGUUCACCACAGGUGUGAAGAAGAAGACAUUGUUCCCCAAGUGGAACGAGACGGUGACAGUGGAACUCGAGGGAGAUGAUGCCAUGCUUACCAUUGAAAUGUAUGACAAUGAUAUGAUCGGAAAGGACUUCAUGGGCAAGAUCCCGCUGACUGUAGAGAAACUCAAGGAACUGUCUGUCAAGGGCACUGCAGAUUGGUUCCCUCUACAGAGGACGAAGAGCGGGAAGCUGCAGCUGAAAUGUCAGGUCACCUGCAAAGAUAAUAUGAAGAACAAAGACGCAACCGACUCAUUAAAGAAUGAUGUGUUUGACUCUCCUCCCGAGUCUCCUGUCAAGCCAGUGCUACCAGACAUGGUGGUGGACGACACAUACCUCAACUCGGUCCACCUUCCCUCCAACACCCUGAUGGCCUCCUCUCCACAGCAGGGACCCAUCAAACGACUGUCGACCACAAUGCCAGCUGCACAGAUACGGAGGUCCAACUCCGACCUAACCAACAGCACUAACAGCAACCGACUGCAGGGGCGCCGUGGGACCCAGAGCUUCAACAUGUACCGCAAAGACAGUCUGACAUUACAGCCUCCGGGAAUGAGGCCGUCUGAGUCAAUCAACUCUCUAGCUGUGCUACCGAAGUCACCAGGAGAUAAUGUGUCCCUCACAUCGUCAGCUCAUGACACCACCCUUGACAGUUCUAUUUGUGGAGAUAAGCUGUACAGUGUCAAGGGGAAGGUGAUGCAGGCUCGAGGACUGGACAGAGUGGACGGAGACUUCUACUGCAAAGUCAGGCUGGAACACCAAAGCCGCAGUAGUCGCCUCAAGCUGUUCUCCAACACCCGCGUGAUCGCCAAGUCCCCCAUGAUCAGGUCCUCCCACCCAGACAUCAACCUGACAUUCGAGGUUGAUCGAGGACAUGGUGUAUCUAGUGAGGACCUCCUCAUAUUUGAUGUGAAGCAGUCCAGUAAAGAUCAUUUGGCAACGAAAGGUUUUCCUCUCAAGGACCUCCUAGCAGACUGUGAUGCCAGUGGUGUUGUCACAUGGCUCAAGUUGGAGAAUGGUAUCGAUGUCGAGAUUUCACUGUCGUCAGGCGCACCCAGUCCAACCCAUCAGCGGAGGUCAGCUCGAAUCCUCAAAUCACUGUCAUUUAGAAGAGACAAGUAACCUGCGUAAUACUGUCUCUAGAGAACUGCAGCAUCGACAAGUGCUCACUUCAAGGGUGAAGCUCACAUUGUAUGGCAGUUGCACCAAACAACGAUGUUCUUGGUUUCAAUGUGAAAUGAAUUAUUUAGAAAAGAUUGAUAUGAAGUGCCAUUUGUAAUUAUGGUUAAUCAUAAAUUAAGAUUUUGAAAGGUUACUUGUACAUUGGCUGUUGUUGUGCAAUUUGUUGACAAGAAAGAAUUAUUUUAUUCAACUCACUUACUUAAAAAUGUAAAAAAAAUAUUUUUAUUUUUUUUAAUAUGAAAUUGUUACCAAAGCACAAAAUGAUCAAAGAUGAAUUGGGUGUUUUUUUGUUUUUUUCAGCCAUCUUCUUAUGAAAUAUGUAACGUGUAUUAAUUUUUAAUCUUAAACUGUCAAGACAUUUCAAAGUGCAUUUGUUGUACUCACCAUCUGUUACAACAGGGGAGAUAAUGUCGAACAAAUACUUUAGCCAGACUCCAUAUUCCGAUCGGUGUAUGAUUUCUGCUUUAGCUACACACCAGUCCAGCACAGAGGUAAACAUUCACAAUGACCCAGCUGGCUUUCCAAUAAGCGGAUUUCUUCAAAUUGGCUGACAAUUGUUCAGUGACUUGUUCGAUAUGAUUGAGGAAAAUGUACAUGUCAAUAUAAUUCCUAAUAUUUUGGACCUGAUAUUUGUCAAAGUGGCUUUCUGCUCUUGUUUCAUUGUAAAUAUCCUAGGUCAUAACAAAUUUUACCAUCAUCCAAUGUCAGGUGUUUCUGAUUUAUGUAAUGUUGUUGUUGUGAACUUGAGGCUAAUAGAAAAUAUUCUUGGUUCUUGCAUUGUUUAUCCAUUUUUUUCAAAUUCUGUUGCCUUAGACCCAAUUGGGUUUCUUAUUUGGCCUAAUAAUAGUCAUGUAGAAUCUCGCAUUAAUUUUGUUAGCGCAACUGUAUUAAGCUAAGUCAGUAUUGCUAUAGAAAACAUUUUUUGUAAUGUACAUGUAGACUGCAUGUAUUACUUAUCAACUGAAUAUUAUGUUGUGUUUGUGAUAACUGUACGUAGUAUGAUGGAAUGCAUGAGUUCAGUGUUUACAUGUCUGCAACAAAUUCAAGUAUGAGAGAGACUGAAUAAUUCAUGAGUGUACACAAGUCACCCAGACCUUCAGUACAUGGGAGUUGCCAUAUCAUCAGGUUAACCCAACACCCCACAUUACAACUACAGGACUCACAGCACAAGAAAUAUCAUCUUUGUAAUGCUUACUACAUGUAUAAUCUGAAAGGGAUACCCAAAAUCAUUGACCAAUUUUUGUUCAUUUAUUCUAUUCUUAAUUUUUUUUUUUUUUUUUGUAUUUGAUGCCAUUCCAAACAGAACUUGCAGAAUGUGAUAGAUUUACAAAACAAAUAAGAAAUAUAUAUUUCUUACUUUGAUAGUCUUGUUUUUGUUAUUAUUCAAGUAAAAUAUAAGGCACUUUUGCAAUAGAAUUACACUGCAUCGAAAGGUAUCCUUCAUAUAAUUGCCAAAAGGAUACCUUUCAAUGCUAUAUUGCUAUAGUGCUAUUUUGGGAACAACUAAUUGUGUAAUUGACAGUGAAGAGGACGUCUGUUGAAAAUCUGAAAAUUUAGUUAGUGUGGCUGAAGCCAAAAUACAGGAUUUAUGGCAAAGGAUGUAAUAGAGGAAUAGGAAUAGCAAGAAUUAUUAUCCUUGGAUAGACAUAUUGAUGAGUCAGCAUAUGUUGAGGGUUUUCCACCUGCAGUCAGUCAGGCUGCUUUCAAUGCAGUGGUGCACCAGGUAUUGUGUGACAGGCUGUGUAAAUGGUGUGGAGGUGUUUCAAGUGGUUAUAAAAGUUCUACAGGAUGUAUGCUAUAUAUUGUUGAAGUUCAUAUUGUGUGUCAUGUUUGUAAGUUUUGAUUUUCCUCAACAGGGUUUAGUCAGAUGUGUGUAAUGUGUAUAGGUGUAAUAAUCUUGACCUCUCUUCUAGUGUUGUGUGUAUUUUAGUUGGAAGAUAUGUCAGAUUAUUCCUGCCUGGAUCGAUGUAGCAGGGGCCGUCUGCAUGGUACAGUCCUGGGACGGGGUCCAGUGCAGGUCUUUCAUGGCUGAACUUUAUUGCUUUAAGCCUCCUUCUUGUCUUACUGGGAUUCGGGAUACUGCAUAUUAAUAAAAAUGGUACCAAUUUAUUUACAAGACCCUACAAACACAAAUAACAUUCCAUCAGAAUUUUUAGUCAAAUACUGUAAGCAGGAGUUGCAAAAACCCGGCUUACGACCUUGGUUUACUCAGACAGCAGAGGUCAUAGAAAAAAAGUUAAAAAAUGUCAAAGUUAGGAAGCACAUAUUUCAAAUUAUAAAAAAUAUUGGCCUCAUGCAGUUUAUGUAGGCCCAUAUACCCAGUGUCCAAAAUUAAGCAUGACAGCAGGGGUCCUUACUCCUUAUCAUACCCUACUGGGAGGAGGUAAAGUUUAAGGUGGUCCCAUGUCACUAUAGGAAGAGACCUAAAGGACUGCAGAACCCACUUCUAACACUGGAUACCAACCACUGUGGUUGUAGUAGUUACGAUUGUAGUCACUGUAGUUGUAAAGCAAUGCAGAGACCAAACAUAUCAUUCCUUGUUCAUUUGUUACGACUAUAAGGGAGCACGGGUGGCCCAGUUGUCGAAGGCGCCGUGAUUUGCUGUGCAGAGUUGCAUCCCUUGGGCACGCCAGAAACCUAUGAUUGUGGGUUCGAAUCCUGGUUUGCCUAGAUUUUGUUUCCAGG